AGUGCGUUAGCAACGUUCACCUUUUAUAACUCUCUUUGAUCGUACAUUUACUUAAAUAUGCGUAACGUUUUCGUAAGACGAUUAAAUAAUAAUUAUCAUAUCUCAUAGAAUUAUUAUACACGAAAACGCAACGUUUAUGUCACAAUUUUAUGUAUAAUUUUUGCAAGACUAAUGACCCGCGAAUCUACAGGGAUGUAUUGCGAGACGAAUACGAAGGGCACUUGCUCUAAGCUUCACGUUACAUAUUCGUUCGUAAUAUCUAUUUGAGUCAUUAUUUAUUUUCAUUUUAAAUACUGCUAAUGUAUUUGUGACAUACGCUUUACAGUUUCGCAAAAGACGUGUUACUUUUUAUUCAACGACAAGUAGAAAUACGGUUUGUCGAUUAUUGUGACUUGUGCGCAUGCUCUUGCAAAACGGAAUGAGAAUUUGAAAAAAAGAAACAUCGGAAUGCUCUGAACGAGAUAGCUUUUUUAAACAAAUUCCAAGCAUUGAAAAUUAAUGCGUGCGACUCGUACAUCGUACACUACUGGCCAGCUGAAUCGAAGGAACGUGGAAUCGACACAUUUGUUUCUAUGCGCGGUGAACGUUUGUUUACUGUAAUUAGCCGCUGAUAGCUCAUCAUUUUACAGAGUAACAUUCUCAGACGUAAUUAAAAUAACAUGUCUUCCGAGAUAAGUGGAAUUCCCGUGACCAUUGAGUUUGGGGGCGGGGCGGAACUACUUUUCGACAAGAAGAAAACGCACGACGUGAACUUACCUGGCAAUGAAUGGACGAUACAGAGGCUGCUCUUCUGGAUAAAAGAUAACCUUCUGAAAGAGCGACUGGAACUCUUUAUGCAAGGAAAUACUGUGCGACCAGGAAUCUUGGUUCUCGUGAACGAUACUGACUGGGAAUUGUUGGGCGAGGGGAAUUACAAGUUGUGCCCGAAUGACAAGAUACUCUUCAUAUCCACUUUGCACGGGGGAUAGAGGCGAGAGGGUUGCGUCGACGGCGAUCAACGAAGAGCGGAACAGUCUCUCGCGCUGCUCAUCGAUUUCUUCGUAGCCUAUAAAAGCUGACUGUGCCUUCGCAUCGAGACGAGGCGCAUGUACGCGUCCACAAUGCCGGAGAAUAAAGUGUUCAUUCGCACGACGUACGUCUGAGACGUUCCUCGUAACGACUAUAACAUCGCCGCUGGAACUUUGGCCGUUUUCCAAGGUUCCCCGUAUUAUUGCUCCUCCUCUUCGUUACUUUCCCAUCUUUUGCCGCCGCGCGGCCAAUGGGCCGUGUCCUGUCCCUCGUUUCUCCUUGCAUCCGUACUUAACACCUGCGAUCUUCGUGCUUGCACGGAGCAUUGCGUCCAUUACCCUGUAAUUAAGAGACAGAGCUGGUUUAUAGGGGUUCUAGGCUGGUUUAUAGGUCAGAGGAUGCGAUGAAACGAUUGGGAUAGGAAAUCUACUUAAGGGAUCGAUUUUUAGGGAUUUUUCGGGACUAAGCAUUUAGUUUCUCGUUUGCACGGAUAACGAGAUUCACGAGAUCAUAAGAUACUUAGGAUUUUUAGGGUGUCUCGACUGCAGGGAGAAUCUUUGGGUAAGGAGAAUAAUCUUGCAACCGUUUCGACCAUAACAGAGCAUAUAUGUUUCAGUGAAUAUUUCUGAUUGCCUUUGGCCAAAUUAUAAAUGAAACUUAUAGGAACAUGUGUAAAAAUGGGUUCUGACUUUGAUAUACAGGGUGUCCCAGAAUUAGCGUAAGAAUUCUGAACCGCAACUUCUUUUGCAAAAAUGUCGGUUGUUGUUUCGUUUUUGAAUUAUUCACGAAAAACCACACAAAAAUAUAUUUUCAAGCAUCCUGUAUUUUCAAUCGUGAAAUAUAUUCCAAGCAUACGACGAUCCCUUUUGUUGACGAAGAAAAUAUUCCAAAAACGAAGCACAAUCUGACAUUUUCGCAAAGGAAAUUGUGAGUCAGUGUCGCUCUAUCGACUCAAUGAGUUAAUCCAAUAAAAAAACACAGUAAUUUUCCAUAAGAGAACUUCGAAAGCGUUCGGUAUCGGCGCCUUUAAUCUCGUAACUCGAUUGGCAAGUGAACGCGAAAUUUCAAAUCCGUUCUUUUCGCGGAACUUUGGCGGCUGGUUGGUCUCGCCGCGAACAAAACGGAGCUCGGUUAAUUGCGCCGGUAAAUUAGUUGGAACGCGACGGUCCGCGAUCGGGACUCGUCGAAAUUUAGCCGUUCGCCCCGGCUGUGAGUCUAUUGAGCCGACGUUCGUCCUCCGUGCACGGAGGGAGGGGAAAUCUUUUCAAGGAAAAAAUGAGAAAACUUUCGCGAAACUCUGUAUAAUUAAUUACGGACGGUAGUUCUUCACGGUACACGAUAAAGAUCGUAUCGAAGGUCUCUCGAGUUUCGCCAAGUUAAUCAACUCUGGUCCCGCGAUGUCUGCGAUACUCCUUUACCUCAUCGAUCCUCGCCGCUUUCAGCAUCGGUACCGCGCUACGUUUAAUAUUAUCCGUGAGCCACGGACGAGCCACCGUGAACUAGAUCCCGCGAUACUCCGCCCAAUCAGCAGUUAGGCCAGUCAUUUUAGACGCCAAACGUUGCAGAAGAUACUGUAAAGUCGCAUUUUUGAUAUGUUGUUAGGGACCACCCAAACACAUACAUGUAUUUCAGUCACCGAUCAAUUACGUUUGUUUUGAGUAGCUUCGUGUGUAGACGACCUAAUAGUUGGCGAAAUAUUGGACCACGUAAGUUUUGUCCCGCAAGAUCGCUGAAAUAUCAUACUGUGCGUCUUUUUCUUUAUUUGCUGUGGUUCUCUAUCUUCAUCGCAUUUCCCUUCCACUUUUCAAGCUGUGAAACGGGACAUAUUUAUUCUGUUACUACCCACCCAUUUCAUCGCCUCACAGCAUUUUUCAUCACAUAACGUGACACGAAUUUCGGCUGUUCGAAAAUAAAAAGAUUUUCAAUCUUAAAAACAAAAUGUUUGUUCUUGGUCCUCUAGUUUGUCAAGAUAUUUGAAUAAACAUGGUUUUCACCCGCAAC